AUGUCUGAAAUUUCAGAUCGGGAGCACUCCUCGGACGACGCCCAGACUCACAUCGCUAGUCCUCCGGCCAAAGGGGACAAGGCGCCAUAUAGCGUGUUCACGAUUGCGGAAAAGUGGGCGAUAGUCGCCCUCACUUCCUAUGCCGCACUUUUCAGUCCGCUCACCGCUAACAUAUACCUACCUGCGAUACCCACGCUUGUGAAAGUCUUUCAUACAAGUACAGAAAAUAUCAACCUGACAGUCACGGUAUACAUGGUUAUGCAAGGAGUAUUUCACAUGUCACAUCCUCCAAGGGGAACUUCCGCAGACAAGCUAGGCAGGAGGCCUAUGUUCUUGGGCUGCAUGCUGUUACUAUGUGUAUCGUGUGUCGGACUAGCUCUGGUUCCCACCAACGCAUAUUGGCUCCUCAUCUUGCUCAGGCUUUUCCAAGCGGGUGGAUCAGCGAGUACUGUCGCACUAGCUGCUGGGGUCGUCAGCGAUGUCGCCACACCGGCGGAGAGAGGCACUUUCUUCGGCGUAUCUAGCAUGGGAUCUUUGCUUGGAACGUGUAUAGGGCCCGUGAUUGGAGGUGCGCUCACCCAGCGUUUCGGAUGGAGGGCCAUAUUUUGGUUUCUCUGCAUAUCAUCUGGUGUAUCACUUAUAUUCUUUAUUCUCAUCCUCCCGGAGACGCUCAGGUCGAUGGUCGGCAACGGCAGUAUACCUCCCCCUCGCAUCUACAGGACGCCUGUCAAUCUGAUAGGCGGCCGCUAUUCUCCCGAUGCCGUUGAACGUGCUCCGGCCAAACACUUCGCCAAUCCCUUCGAACUAUUCCUCUAUCCCGAUCUCGACUUCUUGCUCGUUUUCUUCGCCCUCGUCUAUGCCGUGCUCUAUGGAGUCAUCGCCUCCAUGUCGUCGCUUUUCGCGGUGGCAUAUCCAUUCCUGGAUGAGACAGACCUCGGUCUUCUCUUCCUCGCCAUCGGUGGCGGGAUGGUUGUCGGAACGGCGACGAUGGGCAAGGUUCUCGACUGGGAGUACCGUCGUAUACGGAAUGGCUUGGAGGAGAACUUCCCAAUCGAGAAAGCACGUCUUCGGCUAAUUCCGUUCCUGCUCAUCAUAUAUGCUGGUUGCGUUCUUGGAUACGGUUGGUGUCUGCAGGAUAGGAUGCACAUAUCCGUGCCUCUGAUUUUGCUUUUCAUCAUCGGUGUUGUGGGCGUUGGGAUCAUGAACGAUAUCGGGCUUCUCAUGAUCGAUCUCGUGCCCGGAAGAGGAUCGUCGGUGACUGCCUGCAACAAUCUCGUUCGAUGUGCCCUUGGCGCUGCCAUGGUGUCUAUUAUGCAGCCUAUACUCAAGGCCCUUCGCCCGGGCUGGACAUACGUACUUCUUGCAGGGAUAUGUGUUAUCGCAUCCCCGCCGCUGUGGAUUAUAUUGAAAUGGGGUCCGGUAUGGCGAGCGAGGCGCAGGGCCCGGCGGCAAGGAAGCUGGUAA